GAAUUUGGUGUUCCUGGUGUUUCUGCUCCGAAAGCAGCGACUUUGGUGACUGAAGAAGGAGAAUUGAUGUCGUUUGCAACUUCUUCAUCUGUUCGUGAUUCUUCCGACAAUUACACAAACCACGAAAAGCCCUUACUUCCCUUGAUAUUCUCUUGUCUUCAAGAAAAGACAUCUCAUCAAUCUUCACCGUUCAAUAGAUCACCAUUGCGCAUACUUCAGGACUUACAACAUCUGUCAGAUGCCAUGAAUUGACGACUCAUAGCAGAUCGAUUGACCAAACAACCACUCUUUCAUCACGAGCAUUGAUCAUCAGAAUAUCUACGAGACCAUUCUUCAACUACUCCAUUCAUUUCAAUUCAAAGCAUUGAACCAUACCCGAUCAAAAUGGCAACUAUCCAAGUCCGCGAAGCUACACAACAACUAGUUAAGAGACAGAACUGGGCAGCUCGUGAGCCUGGUGUCAUUGUUGUCUUCGCCAUAGUCUUCAUCGUCGCAUCUGGACUUAUCGGUCUUCAAAUAUCUCGAUGGAUCUCUCGCCAUAGGGAAAAGCAAGCAGCAAAGCGUUCAAUUGUUUGAUCAAAGCAUUCAUGACAAUACGAAAAGAAUUAUAAAGCAUGUGGAUCUCGUCAUCUCAAGGGGUGGGGCGUAUAAUGUCGAUCUCCAGCUUUAUUGUAAUAAUGUGUAGAAUCGUGAGGAGGCUUGGGAGUCGACGCUUAAUCGGCAGGAUCCCAUUGUGUUGCUGUGUUGCUAAAGGGGCUGAGGAUGAGCUCUUGAUUUAUCGCUCUAUUCGAUAAUUCAGACAUGAGGUCCAAAUACUUACUCUAAUCAAUGGUCAUCAUGUAGCAUCACGUUUUCGCUAGCUCUGAUACGUUUCGAUAUGGGAUUUGCGAAUGUUCAAAGAGAGCCUAAAUGUUAAGAACAGGUCA